AGGUCAUUAUGCCUAAGAACGAUUUUCUUACACCGAAAGCAAUCGCGAAUCGUAUCAAGUCCAAGGGACUUCAGAAGUUAAGAUGGUAUUGUCAAAUGUGUCAAAAACAGUGUCGAGACGAAAAUGGGUUCAAAUGCCAUUUGAUGUCUGAAAGUCAUCAGCGACAGAUGAUGCUGGUGGCAGAUAAUCCAAACAAGUACUUAGAUGCAUUUUCUGAAGAGUUUUUGUCUGAUUUCCUGGAUUUGCUCCGUCGGCGUUUUGGGACUAAACGAGUAAAUAACAAUCAGGUGUACAACGAAUACAUUCAAUUCAAAGAGCAUAUACAUAUGAAUUCAACUAAGUGGGUGACCUUGUCAGAAUUUACAAAAUGGCUUGGCAGAGAAGGUUAUUGUCAUGUAGAUGAAACUCCUAAAGGUUGGUUUAUUGCAUACAUUGACAGAGAUUCUGAGGCAAUGAAAAAACAAGAAGCUCUCAAAAUCAAAGAGAAAAUGGAUUAUACCGACGAGGAGCGUAAUCAGAAAUUUAUUGAGCAACAGAUGAUUCUGACUAGUUCCAAACCCGCACGGCAAAUACAACCUACAGAAUUAGUUAGAGAAAACGAUGAUGAAAAAAUACAGAUCAAACUCAAUAACAAGCCGAUAAUUUCUAACCCCAGUAAUGAUCUACCUGCUGCUGAAAAGGUAGAAAAUCCUCUGAAAAGAAAUUCAGAUUCAAAAAAGCCUAUCAAGUCAAAGUCGAAGCCUAAAUCAGCUUUGCAAGAGAUAAUGGAAGAAGGAUUGAAAAGCAAGAAACAAAAGAUGGAAAUACCAAACGAAGACGAAUUUAUCGAAGAUACUGCCGAUGAUAAAUGGCUAACAGAAGGCUUGAUUGUGAAAAUAACGACUAAAAGAUUGGGCGAUAAAUAUUAUAAGCAGAAAGUAAAAGUUAUAGAAUUAAUAUCUGAUUACAUUGCUACCGUACAGCUUGUAAAUGAGCUAGAAACCAAAAUCAAACUGGAUGCUAUACACGUUGAGACGGUGAUUCCGGUUCCGGGAAAGAAAGUCAAGUUUGUCAAAGGAAAGUUAAAAGGAAAAACAGCAACAGUUGAAGAAAUUCGUGAGAAGGACUUUUGUGUCCGAGUAAGAUUAGAUAAUGAUGUUUUGCAAGUUCCAUAUGAAAACGUUUGUAAAUUCGAUUAGUGUUUAUCUAUCAUUUUAGAGUUGACUAUUUAGUGGAUAAA